AUGGUGCCAAGUUCACGUGGAAUGGGUUCUGAAGUUGAGUCGUUCCUGCUUUCGCCACAGGCACCAGGGGCCUUCUCCCUACCCUUUUACUCACCCCAGCCACAGAGAAUUAAAUGUACAGUUGGGGUUGCCCUCUCUAGCCCUCCUCUUUUUAGAGCUGUGUUCGUGCCUCUCCUCCGACUCAGUAGUAUCUCGCUGGUCCAAGCAACGGAGCUUUCUGGGCGAGGGCGAUGGUGUGGGGGACCCAGAGCGUUCGGAGGGGGAGGUGCUGGAAUAAAGAGGCUGAUGGGAUUUAACUUUAACCCGCGAUUUCUCCCCGGAGUUCACAGAGUAGGCAACGAAGCCGAAGCAAUUGGACCCCGCGUUGGGAAGCCGACGAGUGGCGCCACCAACACAAGACCACCGGCCUCAGCCAGACCACCCACAGCGCGACCAGGGAGACAGGCUCCAGGCGCGCCUGCGCCCACCGAAGGCGUGAGUGCGCUCCGGGAGGGACCACCCGGCCGCCCGAUCCGGGAACCUCUGCCAACCCGGGGCCGCCCGCCUCCCGGGGCGGCGCCUCGGGCCGCCAGGGGAGAGCAGAUCAAAACAACCCGCGACCCCGCCCUUCCCGGAGCUUGGUCCACAGCACGCCCCAAGACAGCCAAGCGGAGCCGGUCCCGGCCGCACGCUGCAAGCACGCGGGAGACACGAGCGCAGCAUCCCGGGCCGUGCAGCUGCGAACUGGCGCUGGGAGGUAGAGUGCGGCAGCCACCGUGCCACGCACCCUCCGUGCGCUUACCUGAGCGGUGGCCGGCGGGGAUGAUGGACAGGGCGGACAGGGCCACGAGAAGGAGGCGAAGAGAGCGGCGAGGAGCUCUUCUUCUGGAGUCGGAAGAGUGCAGCCUGCCUGAUCGUCUUGCAUUCACACGUCAAAUUUAGGAUGUGGUUCCAUUGAACCCAAACCUUCCACUGAAACAGGCUGUUGGGAAGUGGAGCUUGCUGCACAUGGGCUGACUUCAGUGGGCAAGCAGUGAAAACUUUAAACCAGGCUAGAGAAAUACAGUUGGGGACUCGAUUUGCAGUCACCCUGAAAACCAAACCCAGAAUGUAACCUGUUUUGUUUUUAGAAACCCAAAUUAGUUCUGGCCAAAAUAAUGGAGCCUAACAGAUGUCAAGCCAAGCCCAAACAAAAAAAUAAAGGGAGAGCCCUGGAGGUUGACAGCAUUCCUGGACCCUGUAAAGGUGUUUCUCUGGAAAGUUGUAUUAGUCAGCCUUUCAAAUUCCAAUCUACAUAAUAAAGGAGGAAAGAGCAAAUUCCACUUGAA